UGAUUCAACAAAUAAGUGUAUUAUUGAAGCUUACAACCAAGCUGCCAAUAGCAGGACACAAACACAGAUUUUAUCUCUGAUAGUAAACAACUUCACAAAAUCAGAACUUCAGAAUAUGAUCCCAGGAGUCACAGUUUCACGUGUUGAUGCUGCAAGAAAGCAUGCUAUGGUAACAGGCCCUGGUAACAUCCUUAAUCCACCAAAGAUAUAUCGAAUGAAAUUAACAAGACCAAAGAUUGCUCAUUUCAUUGACUAUAUACUUAAUCCAUUAUAUUCCAGUAUUGUUGGAUUCGGCCAAACUGUUCUGAAGCUAUCAACAAAUGAAAAGUUAACAAUUCCAAAAGUAGUCAGGAAUUUAAUACAUGCUAGAAUUAUAAACAGUUAUCAGACAUACUGCCUUGAGACUGGAUUUUCUUCUUUCAGCAAAGCUUCAUUAUAUAGAAUCCUAAAAGUUUGUAAUGCUUCUAAGCAAAAGGCACUUCAGGGACUAGACAAUACCUCUGCUGCUGGUAUGGGUGCCAUUGACAACUUGACCAAGGUUGUCACAAAAUUAGAGGCAUAUGGAUUGCAACAUGAAGAUGUCAAUAAGCUGAAAGAAAUGCUUCAACUUGUCAAUCAGUUCCUCAAAUUUGAGUACAAACUUCACCUUAGAAAGGAUGACCAAUGUGCAGACCAUUGUACACCUUUUGCUCUAAGUGAUUCUGUCGAUCAGAACUUUGCUACAAAAUGCAAUCAUUCACACACCCAAUCCUGUGAAAAAUGUAAACUUGUAGACUCUUGUGUGAACAUUGUUGAGAAGGCAUUCGGUAAUUUAGACAUUCCAAAAACAUUAUCUGAUGAAAUAAGUUAUGAACUUGAAAAUGGAGCACGGAAUGUAUUGGAAUGGAAAAGACAUCUAUUGAGAACAGUUCACCAAGAUGGAGCCAGGAAUGAUGUUUUAAGUGAUCUUAAGGACAAUCAGGGAAUGCUUAUAAUGGACUGGGGUAUGAAAUUCUUGCCAUUCAUCUAUAGAGAAACACAGUCAGACUUUUUUGGCAAAAAAGGCAUCAGUUGGCAUUUUUCCUGCCUUGUUCUUUGUUCACCAAUAGACAGAGAAAAACUUGAUCUUUUUUGUUAUGUACAUAUUUUAGAGGAUGGAUCACAGGGUUGGUUCUCUAUUGCCAAUAUACUUGUUCACCUUCUUCAUGAAUUCAAAAGUGAAAAACCCUUAUUAGAAGAAUUAUUCCUGAAAAGUGACAAUGCUGCUUGCUACCAUUGCACAAAUCUGAUUUCAUUCAUACAACAAUGUAACAAAGACUUUCCUAUCAAAAUCAAGCAGUACAACUUCAGUGAGGCUCAGGCCGGAAAAGAUUUAUGUGACAGCAAGACCGGCAGUUGUAGACUGCAUAUAUUUAAGUAUGCCAAUGAGGGACAUGACAUUUUAAAUAGUAAUGAUAUGAAAACAGCAUUGGAAAGUCACGGAGGUGUAAAAGGGACACAAACUUGUAUAGUUUCUGUAAAUCAAGAAGUAGAACCUAAGAUUAGAACUAAGAUUCCAGGAAUCAGUAGUUUCAACAAUUUCAUCUUUUUGGAUGAUGGAAUUGUUGUCAAGAAAGCAUACAAUGUUGGUAGUGGAAAGAAGAUAGGUAAUGGAACACUUACAGAUAAAAACCUUGAAGUAGAAAGAGUUUACAACCUGAAGGUAAAUUAUCCUUUUCCUGGAGCACAUGAAGUUGGAACUGUUUCACUUAACCAGCACCAUGUUGAUGAAAACACUACUAACAUGACUAAUGAAAGUGUUGCAAACGAAGUUUCUGGAACAGUUGGAAAUGACCACAAUGCUGAAACUGAUUCAUUCUUUUCAUGUCCAGAUCCUUCAUGUCAGAAGAUAUUUGCCAAGUGUUUCAAUCUUGAAAGACAUUUAGCAAUAGGAAAUCAUUCAUAUCUCACAAAUUCAUGUACAAGUAUGGAUGAAGCUGUAAAUAUGUAUGCCUCAAAAUGUGAAACACUCAGGGAAUCCAAUAAUUUAUUAGUGUCAACAUUUACAACAGAUACUGAACUUAAUAUGAACAGUGAUUCAGAGGACAGAAUUGGAUGGGCUAUAAAAAACAAGAGAAAAUCGACCCGAUUCUCACUACAAGUGAAAGAUUACUUAAUUCAAAUUUGUGAAGCUUGUGACAAAACUGGAAAACGUCCAGAUUGUGGUUCUUUAUCUGAAGAAAUAAAGAAAGCUUCCAAUGAAAAUGGGGAAAAACUUUUCAAAAAAGAAGAAUGGUUGAGCAGCACACAAAUUAAAGGAUUCAUUGCAUCCUAUUUGUCUAGAAAAUCAAAGUCAUCUGACCAUGACACUACACCUCCUCCAUCUAAAAAACAAUCAGUUUCUCAAAAUGAAUAUGUGUUUGAAGAAGUUAGAAUGGAAGAUGACGAGAAACUUUCUGAAAUCGUGACAGCUUUGGAAACGGAUGACUACAAUGAAAAUAUGAAUAAUAUGGUUGACAAUGUUUUCUUAGCUAUUAACAUACAAUCAUAAUCAUAGUCUCUCAGUAUAGAUACACAAUUGUAGAUAUUUUCAUGGUUUUAUUAGUCCCCUACCGACGAAGUCGAAGGGGACUUUAGGUUUGCACUCCGUCCGUCUGUCUGUCUGUCUGUCUGUCUGUCUGUCUGUCUGUCUGUCUGUCUGUCAGUCCGGCAAAUCAGUUUUCCAGACUUUUUUUCUUCGUGCUUGAAGAUAUUGAUUUGCUAUUUGGUUUAUUGAUUUAUUAUGACAAGUUACAGAUCAAGUUCAAUUUUCACGAUUUUAGCUUUUCACUUUGUUCAGUUAAAGCCCUUUCCCUAGAAUUAAAUUUUUGAUGAAAUACUUAUUAAUUAGUAGAUUUCUGUUCAAAGGGAAAUAACUCAUUUUUUAAAAGACAAAAUGACAUUUUGGAUUUUUUUCCUUUUCUUUGGUAAAUUGUUUGAAGAAUUUAGUGGUAGGUUUGUUAUUCAUUCUGGAAGGUAUUGAUUUGAUAAUAAGUAUAUAGUUUUAUCAUGACAAGUUACAGAUCAAGUUGGAAUUUUGUUCCAGUCUGAUAAUUUUGUGCAGAGUUAUGGUCUUUGGACAUAGAAAAUUCACUUAAAUAAUCAGUUUUCAACAGUUUUUUUCGUCAUGCUUGAAGAUUUUGACUUGAUAUUUUAUGUAGUUUACACCAUGACAAGUUAUAGAUCAAAUUAGAAUUUCAUUCCAUUACAAUGAAUUUGUAACCGGUAGGGGACUAUGUAUUGCCAUGCAAUACUCACAGAAUGCUUGUUACUUUAAGGAUGUACUUACACGACUUAAGUCAGGUUUAGGAAUUUGUGUCAGAUUUUCGGACUCCUUUGUUUUUUUUAUUUGUUACAAGGUAAAAUAUUUUACCCCAUAUAAAAAUACAUGUUGAGCAGAUUCUAAAUUUAUUUUCUUUUGAUUUUCAGACCCAAAUCAUACAAGUACUAAAAAAUGCAAAUAUAAGAUUAAAGUCUGAGACAGCCUUUUUUUUAAAUUAAAUAUCUGGAAAAGGAGCGCACUAAAGUAUCAAUAAUUUUAGCUUAUUUUGUUCUUGAACUAAUGUUCCUCUUACUUAUACAACAUGUACUUUAAGUCUUAUAGUAUAUUUUAUUCUUGUUUUUUUUUUAAUUCAUCUAAGUACAUUUUUGUACAUCCUUGAUCAAUGUUAAUUUUAAUCAGUUCAUGCAUGAUUCAGUGAUCUACAUUAAGAUUCAUAGUUACAUCAGUUUCAAAUGAAUUAUAAAUAUUUUUUUAAAAUUAAUAUUUGAUGUAUUUGUCAAACUUGCAUGUUUUUUAUGCCCUUGACCUUACUUUCAUGGGUACUUCUAAAAUGAUUUUUCUUCAUAAUAUUUUAUCCUGAUCAGUGGAGCAGUAAAGACGUUUCAUGUUUGACUCUUUGUUUAUAUAUACAUGUAUGUCUCAAAAUAGUUAGAUGUAAACUUUAAAAAGAAAAUGAUCAUAAUAUAACUGUAACCAUUAAUAAUUUAUAACUUGGCAUUUGAUAGACACCCCUGUCAUUUUGCCUGUAUAUCAUUAUUACAAGUAUAUGUAUGUGUUGACUACUGGGUGUGUUUUUGGUUAUUUGUGUUGUUGACCUAAUUGCUUGCUGUUGCAUUGAGGUAUGCUUUUCCUUUUGUUCUUUUUAACUGUUGAUAUGCUCCUCUUUGAGUUUGCAAUGCUUAAUGUAAAAGAUUCUCUGAGUUUGACUAGUUUAGGUGUCAAAGAAGAUAACAUCAUUUCGCGGAAUUUUCUUUUAAUGAAAAUUUUACAUUGAAAUAAUGACUUGAAUUGAAUAGUUUGUUUAUUUUGCAUUACAGUAGAUAUAACUGUGUUGUAUUUAACGUUUUUCAGAUGUUCAUCUGUAGUUUUAUUUGUUGCAUGUUAAAACUUAAUUUGCAACAGUAAAACUACUGAUGAGCAUCCGCAAAGCUUCAAAUACAAUACAGUUAUCUCUAUUCUAAAAGUCCUGAAUUUAAAAAAAAAAUAGUUUUACUCAUUUAAUAUCUGGAAUGAUGUUAUAUAUUGUAGUAGUUUCUGAUUUCUUUUUUACAAAUUUUAAAAAGUCUUAUUUCAAUUAACAAGGUUAAACAUUUAAUAACGUUUACUGAAAUUAUGAUUUGGGAAUUACUUAUAUAAUAGUGUAUUUUGUUUAGUCGCAUUGCAAAUAGGAGUUAUCUACCUUUAUUUCAAGUCUGAAAUUACUUAAUUCAUAAAUCAUUUAAUGGAAUUUUCCCUUUACUUUAUUUAUAUAAAAGAUGGUCUCUUAUAUUAAGCAUAUAAACAUUUCAGAUUUUCCUCCAAAAAUGGUUCAAGUGCAAACAAUCAGAUAAACUAGUGUUAAAGCUAAAACAUUAUCAUUCCUUCUCAUCAUUCUUUUUACAACAAAAAGAUAUAUUUUACACUAUUUAUAAUUGCAUAUAUAUGUCCCUUUUCUGAGUAUUUAGAAAUGCCUUUUAAAUGAAAUAAACCCUUGAUCAUGUUGAUCAAUUGUAAACGUGUGAUUUAAAAAUUUCUUGUUUUAGUAAUUCCCCUGACUGAUUCAUACAUAUAAAAAUACAUUCUUAGAGUACUUUGUGUACUUUGAUUAUUUGUUCACAGGAUUGUGCUGAUUUGAAUUAAUCAAUUGUAUUGAAAUGUGAUAGAAAACUAGCAUUCACUUGGUAGAUUUUUUAUGUUGUAUUAAUAAUUUGUCAUUUUUAAUUGUUUUAUAGAGCUUUCCAAGAGUGCUUUUAGUACUUUGAUUUUAUGUUUGCUGUAUAAUAUUGCUUUGAAUUACAGAAAACAGCAUUCGUAUUAAUAAACGAUUGUUUUAUAAAAUCUAAACCAGUAGUAAUUGCUUUAUUUAGAAAAAGAAUGAGUUCAUAACAUGAAAAUAGUAUACAAAUACAGAUUGAAAUAUGCAGCAGACUAGCUGUACUAUGAAACAUACUACAGAUAUUUCUGAUUAUUUGCCGUGGGUGGAUUUUUUUUAUUUCUUUAACUUAUCAAAGAGGUUUAUUUUGAUACAGUUAACUUUUAAUUACAGCUUCACCUUUUCGACAUUUUAGCAUUUUUGUCUGGUGUUGAUUUGGCUGAAAUAGCCAAUUCACUGUACACCAGUACUAUGAAUAGAGAAAUUGGACUACCAUAGAAAUAAAUAUAUAUUUAUUA